CAUAUGAACUUUGCUUAACUUGCAAGUUCACUUUCUAGACCUAGUUUCAUUUAUAGUUUUACUCGGAAAUAAUAUUGGGAGCUGAACGAACAAUUUGAGUCAUUGAGAUAGAUCAUACUUGUACUUUUGAAGUUUUCUCAUGUUAUGCAUAUCAUACCGUGUGUUAAUUCGUUAUUAAUAAUGGGAGUUAUCAUGAUGAUUCAAACACGAUACCUCUAUGUUAAAGACUUAUGAAACAAUGUUAACAAACAAGCUAUUUAGUCCGAAUCAUUCGAGUUAUCGGGAAAUUCUUCCAUACGAAUUUUAUAUUCCUUUCUUUUGACAUGAAUCAGGGGCAUAAAAAAAGAUUUGGUUAGAUAGAAGUCAGAUGUUUAACUUCAAAUCUCAUGGCCAUGGGAAUCCUGGACAGGGCAUUGGAGACAAAGGGCAAGUUGCUAACCUUUUGGAAAAGAUUGCAACUUCACUUCACUUUGGACAAGGAAGGCAUCCAGUCCACAAGGCAGACUUUGGCAAUUCACAUGGCUAUCUCAGAAUAUACUCAAUUAUUUAUGCUGACAUGGCAGGCUCACCUCUGCUGACGCGGCAAGCAUGUCUAGUGCCACGUAAGGAUUAAGGACCAGGGGGGAAAGGGUCCUAUCAUUUUGUGGUGUUAGAUAAGCAGGAACCCUAAGUCACCAUCUUGACAUAUCAAAUUGUAAAAUUAUAUCGGAGAUUGUACCGAAAAAUUUAAUAGUAUAGUAUUUUAUGCUAAAACUGUAAUGUAAUCGUAGCUCAGCUAUUUCAAAUCGGUACAAUUUUUCAAUCCUUAUCUAAGUACCACUUGAUAUAAUGCCCUAAAAGAGUAGUGUAAAAUCUAAACUUGAUAUUCUCUUGAUAAUUCUUGAUAGCGGGAUAAAUUUGGUUGGUAUAAGAGCGUUUCUCUCGUGUUUGAAUCUUCAUCGGUCUGAUCACAUUAACAUCUAGUCUAAGUAUAAGUUAAAUGGUAUACAUGUGUACACUUCAAAUCUAUGACUAGGCUUUUGUUUGAGAGGUCAUGUAAGAAAAUGCUAUGACAUUUUAAAUUUUUUGGGAUAGACCUGUUCUUGAAGGUUACUAAGUCAUCCAUCAACAAUAACUGACUUACCAAGACAAAAGUAGUUGAUGUUAGUAUGUGGUAUAAAAUUUAUUAUUGAAUCUCUCUCAACAACUCGAGUUAUUGGAACCAAUAAAUCUUCUUUUUCGAAUCUCGGUAAUUGGUUUGACGGUCGCACAAAAUGGUAAAUGACUGAUUACGUAGCAGGUUCCAUUUCCAUGAGCACUAAUCCAAGUCUUUAACACAUAAUUUAGUAAUAUUCAGUUGGUCCCACAAACUCGAAUUUUUGAAAGUUCAAUGAUAAAGCUAAUACUAAUCUCUUCCACGCCCCUUUAUUGCAACCAACUCAUAAACUCGAAGUUUGCACAUAUCUCGCACAAUUUGUGCUAUAAGUUGUUCAUAUUGAAAGCAGUGGAUAUUCAAAACACCAAGCUCUUGAACAUAUCUCACUCUAAAUACCAUGUCGUAGAACCACUUAAUUCCAAUAACUUAUAAUACUCUUUGUCUCACAUAAUAAUUGACUAACAACGAAUCCAAUCUAAAUAUGCCAUACAUCGACCAUAUGAGAUGUCUAUUCUAUCUGUGUUUCUUUCUCUUUACAUGGUUAAUCUUCAUAUGUAGACCCCAAAGAAUUGCACAAUUACAAUUCCAUCACUUGAUUUUAUUCUUGCGUGUGAUUGCUUUCAGAAAAGAAAAGGAUGAUGGAGAGAGAUAUCCUCAAAAUUAUUAGAAGGGGAAUCGAAACCCUAUGGAUUGGACGAGAAAAAUAGCCGUUGCUUUUGAAUCCCUGAAUAUUCAUAUAUUCCCUUCGCCUUGGUCUUGUGAAGUUGAUGUAUCCUCAUUCCUCACUUCCUCAGCUCGAAGAAAAUGGGGGAAAAGGUAAUGGUUUAGGGAAUUCUAGGUAGUCCAACGGCUUCCAAAUAAUUAGAGUUGUUGUGAGAGAUUUAUGUAUAGACUUUAAUCAAUUUGUUAUACGCUCCCUUGAUGAAAGCCAACUAACUUAUGGGCUUUAAGUUUUUACAGACCCGUCAUAUUAUAUGCUUUAAGACAAUAGUUAAUUGUGGAGUCACGAGAAGUUGAACACGUGACCCCAGGUACAAAACAACGUUGAUACCAUGUCAUUAACCAACUUGUCUCGGUAACACGAUUCGUUGGGAGAGGUCUAGUGACGGUGUUAGGAUUUGAAACUAGGUGUAUCCUCUUUUCCAGAUAAAAAUAUAUGAAUAAGUAUUUAAUGAUUAUAGUUAAAAUCGAGGGGAGACUAGCCGACUAGAAAACGGAGAGCCCAUCGGCAGAUGCUUUUGCUUCAGACUUCAUAGUUGCUCGAGAAAAUCAAAUGUGGUAAUUCAAAAAAAAAAGGACAGAGAUUUAUUUCAAUUGGGAAUUUUGUUUAUAGUGUAUAAAUUAAUUUUAUGCCAAUCAAAUAAUAAGAAGUGAGCUUUAAUGUAGUGGUACAAUACUCUUAUACUAUCUCAAAAUUGUGAAUAUUUUUGAUCCCUUGCAUAAGCAUAAAUAUAUAUAGGGUUGUAUG